AUGGAUAGAACUUUUCCUCCCAAAAUGGAUCGAGUUUAUAUGCAAAAGGUUGCCAAUAAUGAUCUCCACAAUUUCCAAUCAGGCCUCGAAGAUCCGACCGGUACCAUCGGUAGAAGGGGAUCAGAUUGUGAAUUAUAUUCAGACAUUCUAAAUUCUAGCUCGGGCGAAGGGACUAUCUCUGAAGAUAAUUGGAGGACCUUAGGCCACUAUGGGGAUGAGCACUCUGAAACCGGUUUUGCUUUUCGCCAACAUGGUCAGGUUUAUAAUUACAAUUGGCCGGAAUCUGGGGCCUCGGAGAGCUCUCAUUGUGGGAAGAUGAAGUUUCUUUGCAGCUUUGGGGGCAAAAUUUUCCCCCGGCCAGGUGAUGCAAAACUGAGGUACGUCGGUGGUGAAACUCGAAUUAUUUCGGUCAGUAACAACAUUACCUGGAAAGAAUUCAUGCAAAAAACUCUCGCCAUAUGCAAGCAACCUCAUACCAUCAAGUAUCAGCUUCCGGGUGAAGAACUAGAUGCUUUAAUAUCUGUUGCAUCGGAUGAAGACUUGCAGAAUAUGAUGGAAGAGUACUGUGGGACUGAGAAAUCAGAUGGAUCAAAACGACCUCGAUUAUUUCUGAUAUUAGUUAAUGAAACCGAGAUCCCUUCUUCUCUUGAUUCACUAGUUUUGCACGGCGGCUCAGAGCAUGGGUAUGUUUCUGCUGUGAAUAACAUGCUAGAGCCGAGUCCUAGGAAGAACUCGAGAAGAAACAGCUUCCCUGGUGAGGUAGGCAGUCUUCUCGAUGUUACUCCAAUUUCACAUAAAGAGUCUCCGUCGUGUCCUCAACUCGAUCUGAUUGACAUACCGGAUUUCAUGAGUUGUCCUGCUCCUGAAUUCUUUUUCAACUCCGGGCAGAAAACACCCAUGCGAUCACCUCCUUUUUCGCCGAGAACGAAUAUCCAGCAAGACACCAGGUAUCCUCAGAAGCACUCAGGUGAGGAUCAUAUAUUUGUAGGAGCUAAGUUUCGCAAUAAGCCACCUCUUGGCAUUCAGCUGCCAGUCAUAUCUCGUGCAGCCACGCCAUUACAGAGUCCCAGACAGAUAAAAAACUCAUGUGAUCCGCAGUUCACACACCAUGAAUCUAAUCUUGCUUUUGAUUCAAAAAGAGGGCAUGGACAAGACAAAGACAAUUUGUAUCUAGUAACAAAAUCAGAUGCUUUAGUUGAGCCACUAAUCACACUUGAAUGUUCUGAUUCGAUUGUUCGAAAUCAGGGUGAAAGGAAAAUUUCUGAUGCCUCAGAGAAAAUUACUACAUUCAUUGAUGCAUCACCAUAUUCUAAUCAGCUGGAUAUUCACUUUCAAUCACAAGAAUCUCAACGGGUAGAGCUAUGUGGAAAUUUGUUUGCUCAUUACCGGACUCCAAAUUACACAAAUGAAGAUAAUAAGAUUCAUAUGGACAGUCUGUAUGAAAAACCAGAGAUUACCACAAACAAAAGCAUGAUGCUUAGUCCCAAUGGCUCACUAACUUAUUCCAAAGAGUUUGAGACAAUUGAAAGAUCCUUUCACAUGCCUUCAUCUUUUUUAACUUCUCAAACACACUGCGUUAAGUCUAAUAAUUCCUUAGAAUCACUGCACUUAACCGAUUCUAUGAACUGUAUAGAAAGCUCUGGUGCCGGAAAUUCCAGUGGUGUAGUUUACAUCCAAUCGAGCGAACCUCUCUCUCAUCUUCCACUCAUAAAAUCUCAGAAUAUCAAGACUAACCAAGAAUUUGGAAGUUCAAAUGAUGCUGAUCUGGACCAAGAUUUACUCUCCCAUAAGCUGUCUUUGUUACUGAACCCCCCUGCUAUGGUUGGGCAUCUUGAUUGCAUUCCUACCGGAGAUGUUCUCUGCAGUAAUAAGCAAUUGAAAGAAGUAGGCAAAGAGUCUAUGCUUGAUAGCUUUCCACUAGAGGUAGUUGUUUCUGUUGAAGAUGAUGCAAGUUCUUGUAUCAUCCCAGUUUUAACAACAACAAAUGUGCUUCAUGAGUCUGUCAAAGAUAUAGAAAAUGACCAUUCUUCAGGAUUGCUGGAAAUGGCUAAUGUUGAUAUCUCUCCUCAAACUGAAAAUGAGUACAUGAAAGAUGAAACGCGAGAAUUGGAUAUCUCUAUAAGCGAUGCUGCAUUGGCUGAAUUAGAAGCUGGGAUCUACGGUUUGCAGAUCAUUAAAAAUGCCGACCUUGAGGAGCUACGUGAACUGGGAUCUGGUACGUUUGGAACUGUUUAUCAUGGCAAGUGGCGGGGAACAGAUGUUGCGAUCAAGCGUAUCAAAAAAAGCUGCUUCGAGGGGAGGUCGUCUGAGCAAGAAAAUAUGGUUAAGGAUUUCUGGAGGGAAGCAAAGAUUCUUUCAAAACUUCAACAUCCAAAUGUAGUCGCUUUUUAUGGGGUGGUUCCUGAUGGUACUGGAGGAACAUUGGCCACUGUCGCGGAGUUCAUGGUCAAUGGAUCACUCAGACAUGCCCUACCGAGAAAGGAUAGACCGCUUGAUCAUCGUAAAAAACUUAUAAUCACCAUGGAUGCUGCUUUUGGGAUGGAAUAUCUACACUCAAGGAAUAUUGUCCAUUUUGAUCUCAAAUGCGACAAUUUGCUGGUGAAUUUGAGAGAUUCUCAACGGCCAGUAUGCAAGGUUGGAGAUUUUGGCUUGUCGAGGAUCAAAAGAAACACCUUAGUUUCCGGUGGCGUUCGAGGGACCCUUCCAUGGAUGGCACCUGAGUUGUUGAAUGGAUGCAGUAACAAGGUCUCAGAAAAGGUCGAUGUUUUCUCAUUCGGCAUAGCGAUGUGGGAAAUUCUGACCGGUGAAGAACCCUACGCAAACAUGCAUUGUGGCGCUAUCAUCGGAGGAAUUUUGAACGACAAGCUUCGCCCAACAAUUCCUGAAAACUGCAAUGCCGAAUGGAAAACCCUAAUGGAGGAAUGUUGGGCAUCUGACCCUGCAUCACGACCAUCGUUUACUCAGAUAACUGACAGACUUCGGGCCAUAAGUGAAGUCCUGGUGAGUAAAACCAGGCAGAAG